UCAGUGAAGUUCUCACCAGUGGUUCCGUCCUGGGAUUGGUAGAGACGGCGCCGAUCGCAGAGGCCCCUUGUCCUCUGCACUAAGCGAUGGAGUAGUCUGUUGUUUGGAAUGACAUAGUAAUACCAGAUCCCCAGCUAAGCCACAAAAACUCACCUAAACCACAGUGUACCUUUAAGUGGAUUAAGUUCGGUCCUAACCCUCUAACCACCAUGAGUCAACUGGAGACAGGAGCGCUGCUCCGAAGGUCCUGUGAAUCAGCAGUUCCUGUGCUUUUUCAUGCUUGCUGGCCAGGACAGUGACAGCUAAUCAAGGCUGCUGAGCACCGGCCCGAGACCUCUGCCUGAGGGUCCUUCCUCCGAAGACAUCGCCAGCGUGUGGAGCCCGCCCCACACCCACCCCCCGCCACACCACGGCCUUUACCUGCGUCUUCCGGUGUUUCCCCUGCGACCCGUCCUGUGGGAGUGCCUCGUGGGCCGCCCCGGAGCUCACCCCUCGCUCAGCGGCGCCCAUGGUGAAGAUGACAAGGUCCAAGACCUUCCAGGCCUACCUGCCCUCCUGCCACCGGACCUACAGCUGCAUUCACUGCAGAGCCCACCUGGCCAACCACGAUGAACUCAUUUCCAAGUCGUUCCAAGGAAGUCAAGGACGCGCAUACCUCUUUAACUCAGUAGUUAAUGUGGGCUGCGGGCCUGCGGAGGAGCGAGUGUUGCUAACGGGACUGCACGCAGUCUCAGACAUUUACUGUGAAAACUGCAAAACCACUCUGGGCUGGAAAUACGAACAUGCCUUCGAAAGCAGCCAGAAAUAUAAAGAAGGGAAAUACAUCAUCGAGCUGGCGCACAUGAUCAAGGACAAUGGCUGGGACUGAGCCGCGAGCCGCCGCCAGCCCGUGUCCGCGUGAAGGCCGCCCGACCGGACGUUCUACCCCAGCGGGGAGGGACUGGACACCGGCUCCAUCCGCCGGGGCCCUGCCCCCGGGGCAGCCGCCCAGCCCGACGCCGUCUCCCCGGUGACCGGCCUCUACACCGCUGUCUCUCUGUCUCUUUGCUUUGUAUCUGUCUGUGAGUUGAUCCUGGCUUCUCUCUCUGUUCGCGUGUUGGCUGAAAACGAAACAGCGAAAGGAACAGACGCCUGCCCGCAUGGCGGGGCCCACGUGAGAGCUGUCCCGUGGCCUCCGUCGGGGAAGCUGUGCACAGCGGGGGGUGAGCGAGAGGGAGGCCCCAGGGUGGCCAGGGACGGGAGGGGAGAGGUAGGGACAAAAUUGUGCUAUUCCUGGAGACCUGGUACCUUAGGCUUGAAGUAACCAAGUUGUCUAAAAGGACAAAGAGAAAAAAAAAUACCUCAUGACCACGCCCUCUCUGAUCAGAAGCUUCUGCUCCUGACACCACAGGUGCCCGGGGAGCAGGUGGGCACCAGCGUGGCCCUGAUCCUGGCUGGCAGGGCAGCGGCCUGCUGCUCCCGGGCUUGUUGGGGUGUCGUGGCGGCUGUGGGUGGUUGGGGGGGAGCCCAGCUGGGUUUGGACGCCUCCGGAGCCCCACCGCUCCUCUGGGCCAUCUUCCUUUCCUCUGCAGCCACCGGAGGGUGAGGAGGGGGCUGCCAUUUGCAAUGGGUGCAAACAUCCAGACAUCCAAAGGCUGUGACCAGGAACCAGGAGACAUCAGCGAUUGAGGAGAACGGGGAACGAGAAGCCGCAGUUGGGGAGCUCCUGUAGAAACAGCUCAGAUAUUGGGCUCAAACCCCACCCCCACACGUAAAACCAAUUAGCAUUUCUGCGGGUCUGACCUUUCCCCUGCCCCUCAGUGAGAGAAGGCAACGCCGUGGCCAGGAACGGGGUGUGGAGGGGCGAAGCUGGGAGAAGCUUAGCUUUGGGUUGCAGGUUCGGUGCAUCUUCCAUCUUUGGGAUGCAGUAGCUUCAGGAGGCCAGCAGUUCUCCGUACAUAGAGUUUGGGGUGGUUUUCCCCUGUUCUGUCUUAAUAGAUUGUGGAAAACAAAGUCCCUCCCAAGGGUUUGAGCUUAGUGAUCGCUUGCAUGUGAGAGAGAAAACUGUCCGAAUGGUCCAGUAGGGGGAGGGAUCAGACUUGAUGUCAAAUGUUAAUAUUACCCAACACCCCCGCUCUUCUCCUCCCCGUCCAAAGCUCAUUCCAUUCGGAGAAGUGGAGAGCAAAUCCCUGCGCGGCUCCCGAGAGGGAGGAGUUUAUUACAUCUGAUCAGCACUCUUGUUCCACAGCCUCUUAGCCAGUGCACAGCGCAUGGCGGAAGCUCCUUGAGCUGAGCUCCUUUCAUUGCUUGGACUGAAAAUAUCAUUGUUCAGAUACGUGCAGGUUAUGUCAGGCAAUCCUCAGUAUCUCGUUCCCCAGGUAGGCUGAUCCUAUAGGAACAUUCACCUUUGAAAUCGCCAAUGAGUGUGUGCCUGGGGACAGUCUAUAAAAUCGAUUAGCCAACCCAGGAUUGUUCAGAAUCGAACGAGCUUUCCCUAGGGUAGGGGUCGGCGGUGGAAAUGCCUUUCCGUGUCUCAGUGCUGACCACAGCGUGGGGGCCCUGGGACGGCGAGGUCCUGCCGGCCGAGGUGGGCGGGGGGACAGAAGGCGGGGGCUCCGGGCCCCCGGCAGACGGCCUCUGUGAGACUUCUGAGUUUUAGAAAUGGAACUUUGUUCCCAGUGGCUUCUCGCCCACAUCUCCGGUGCUUUAGUAGCCCUGGGAGAUUUUGUUCUCCCCACGUUACUGAAAAGCAGACUGAAGUUCAAAAAAGAAAGAAGAAAAAAAAAAAGUAUUGCAUUUUUGCUGCCAGAGAAAUAGUUCCUCUGGUUCCCAGGCACUCCCAGGCCCAAGAUCUCAAAAAUAAAAUUUUUACAACUUUCACAUUCCUCAACGGGCUUGCCAGCCCAAAAGUCAUAGAUUCCCUUUUAGCCCCCUGGCUCAGGGAAUGUCCUGGCUGUUGAUACUCCUCCCCAUGAUAACAAAAGCGGGGGCUAACCAUGGGUGUUUUGUCUUUAAAAGUAAGAAUGGAGUGUAAUUACAGAGAAACCAGACAUGAGGUGCCCUAGAAUGUUCAGCAGGAGGAGACAGAGGUGUCCCUCUUCCCUGGGGAUGGAGCCUGCACAGGUCAGCCCAGGCUCCAAUAAGACCCUGGUUUUGGUGGUGUUUUUUUUUUUUUAAUUAUUAUUAAUAUCCAUUGAGCAUCCAGGGGUGGAGGGCACCAUACUUGGUGCAAAAGAUCCGAGAAAAAUGUUGGUUUUUUCCAUAAAAACAGAAACCCAACUCUUUGGGCUUUCCCUUCGUGUCAUUGAAACCAAAAGUGCUUCUUAAACCUUCAGCUUCAUUCACGGCUUGUCUGCCUAACAUCUGGUGGCAUCGGAGAGCCCUCAGCUGAGCAGUGGAGAUGCAUCAACGCAUGGCCUCGGUCACUUCAUUCUUUAAUUUUCCUCACCAAAUCAUUGCCUCAGAGCAUAACCAAAGACCUUGUCCACUCACCCCAGGGAGGUUCAGGGAAUUGGAGUUCGAUGCAAAACUUAGGUGGGGUUGAGGGAGGAGUGAGAAAGGAAUCGGUCCAGAGUUCUGUGCCUCCAGCAGCUGCCUUCACCAUCAGCUGAAGUCCAGCCACAGAUGCUCCAGUUCCAUCCCAGAUCAUACGGCCUUGGUGGCCCUGGGUUACACCCACCCAGCCCCAUCCCGUCCUUGCUGUUCAUCUCAGGCUGCUGGUGGGCUGGUUUGGCGGGAGUCAAAUGCAGCCGAAGUUGAAGGUCACAGAUGGUCACCUGGGCCUGACUGAGUGGUACCCAGACUCCGUGGACAGUAGUAAGUCAGGGACGCAGGAUGGAGGACAUCUCCCCCAGCGGGUCAGUGUGAAAAAAAGAGGCAUCCCCUUUAUACAAAGAUUUUCAAGUGGAUAUAUAUAAAAGAAAGUUGCUUGUGAAUAUAUACUUUUGUAAAUAAUAUUUAAUUUUUUAAAUAAUAUAUUUGGUGCUGUUUUCUCAGAUCCCCUGAGAGCACUUUUUAUUUUUCAUUUUUAAAUUGUAUGGUUUUCUCUGCAUUUCUUGAAGUAUAUUUUAAGGGAAACAGUGAUCACCAAUGUAUUCUUUUUUUCGGGGGUGGGGGGAGAUCUCUAUCACAUUGGAGUGGAGGCAAUAAAGCAAUGCCUUGCUGUAUUUUUCCCCAUUGGAAUGAACUCUACAGUACAUGAGCAGGUUGAGAAUCAAAGUAUUUUGCACCAGUAUUGGCUAGAAAAUAAAUACAAUCAAAUAAAUUUAGUAGCAGAGCGAAACAAAUUGGAAUCGUGUGUGCGUGUAAAGUACUUUGGAUUGUGCCUCCUGUUUUUUUUUAUUGGGGACACUAGUUAUAGUUUACACCUCGGGCACAUAAGGGUUUUCCUUCUCUUUCCCUCUGGUGAUGGUUUUGUUCCCGAGCGGACCAACAGCACAAGCCUCGGGUCUCGUUUUCCUGAGCGUGGCACUGUGGCUGGCUUAGUCCCUUUUUCCUCGUGUGCUCAGCAUUUCCAGACUGUGAAGGAAAUCUGUGUGAAGAUCAGGCAGAGGCAGAUCUGUGUUUUUCUGAGAUGUGGGUGUCUACAUCACACAUCCCAGGGCUCUGAUUGCAAAUCAUGGUAAAACAUCAACUCGUUUUGAAAGAACAGUAAGGGAAUAGUGCACAUACCUUGUUGGGAAGCAGCUUUUUUUUUUUAAAGGUCAGAUUGGCCCAGGAAGAGGCUGAGAAAUCAGAUCUUAAACACAGUCAACUCACAUAUUUUUUAAAAGUCUGCCUCCAAUGAGGGAACGUGCUAAUAAUGGUGUAGGUGGAGGAAAGAGAUGGUUAAUUUUAAAAAUUAAAGACAUGAAAUCUGCCAGUAAUAAAGGGUAAAGCAAGAAGGAGCAAGCUGUUCUAAUUUUACCAAAUUCUAUCUGCACAUCCGUUUUGCAUAAAAUUUCAGUGAGUGAGAGUUCCCUUCUCCAACCUGCAGAGACCAUCUUCGAAUACAGAAUCUAUUUAUGCUUGUGUUUACAAACUAUUUGUUGGGUUCGGGUUUUGUUACUUUUGUGUAUCUUCUUUUGUUUUGUUGUUGGCAUUUUUCAGGUCACUUUGCUUUAAUAACAAAGAUGAUUUUCAAAUAAUUUGUCUUCACCUUUUCCUCUAUUUGUACAUAGUGGUUCAGUAUUAGAGAAAAGUGCAUUGUUUCUGUCAUAUUUCCAAUCUGUGUUGGUGCUCAUUUGAGAAAAUAAAGUUUUCAAAUAU